AUGCGUGAUGGCUUUCUGUCCGAGUACUACGCCCAUAUGAUCAAGAUGAAUCGUUGCCUGGGCCAUGUCAAAGCGUAUAUGCACUUGUUCGCACAUACAUAUCCCGGCAGCCGCGUGCUGGAAAUCGGCGCUGGUGUUGGCUCGUGUACUGAACCCGCUCUGCAGGGACUUAUGGCCGAGCAGCAGCCUGGUGACAGAGCUUCGCACUAUACUUUUACUGACAUCUCGGCAGGCUUCUUUGAGCCUGCAGCCCGCCGAUUUGCAGCUUAUGCUGACUAUAUGACAUUCCAGAAGCUCAAUAUAGAGAGGGAUCCUGUGGCACAAGGCCUGAUACCAGGUGCAUAUGACCUUGUGCUCUCGUGUAACUGCUUGCAUGCCACUAGGAGCCUGGUCCAGACACUGAAGUAUGCUCGCACGCUCCUUCGGCCUGGCGGCAAGCUAGUUCUGGUUGAGACAACAACACCACAUGUCGACCAGAGCCUGGCCUUCGGCCUGUUUCCCGGCUGGUGGCUGAGCGAGGAACCUGAGCGUGCUGACUCGCCCCUGGUGAGCGCGGCUGAAUGGGGACGCUAUCUUGCUGCUGCUGGGUUUGGGGGGCUGGAUGUUGUGUUAGGGGAUGCAGGGGAGGAUGGGGACUCGACUUACUCGGUCAUGAUUGCCACAGCUGUCGAGGAAACAGUGGCACGUAUUUCAGGACCAAGGAAGACAAUCGAUUUCGCACCGUUUCCGCCUGGAAUAGACGUGCCGACCCAGGACUUCAAGAGCCUGCAGGCAGCACUGGAUAGCUCGAUGGGCAGUGAUCUAUGCUAUUUCGAUGCGGCAGUUUCCUCGAGGACAAAGGAGUCCACUGUUGUAGUCCUGUCCACAGGUAUAUCAACUCUGUCUGACCUCACCACCGACCAGUUCGACAACCUGAAAGCCCUGACGCUGUCAACCAGCAAAGUCCUCUGGGUCUCACGAGGUGUAGCCAUAGACACGCCAAACCCUUGGGCAGCUCUUUGUAUAGGUCUACUGCGCACCCUCCGCCUAGAAUAUGGCCAUAACAGGUAUGUAUCCCUAGACCUGGACCCAGCGCAGGAUAUAUGGCACGCCGAUUCAGUCAAAGCUAUCUGCGCCGUGCUGCGACUGAUGGAGGACGACCGUAUCUGUGAAUACGAGUUUGCCGUUCGUAAGGGCGAAGUUCUUGUGCCGCGUCUGCGGCGGUACGCAAUGCAAAACAAGGUAGAGGCCAGAAUGGGUAGCGGCGAGAGUGGAUUAGGAGUCACGACCACACCUGCAUUUAGCCUCAACGCAGGCGGCGCAUAUCUUGUUGUCGGGGGACUAACUGGUAUCGGCCGCGAGGUAGUGCGCUGGCUUGCGCGAGAGGGUGCCCGGUAUGUCAUUGCUAUAUCACGACGGGGACCAACAGACCAGCCGCAGCAAACACAGGCCCUGGCGGCUGAGCUGGAGACCCGGGGUUGCAAGCUGAUUCCAUAUGCAUGCGAUAUAGCUGACAGCGCUGACCUGGCACGCUUCCUCGACCUAGCCCGCGUCAUGCUUCCUAUACGCGGCGUUAUCAAUGCAGCCCUCGCACUUGCUGAUGCUGCCUGGGCUGAUAUGACAUUACAGCAGUGGAAGGUGCCGCUUGCGGCUAAGUAUAGUGGCUCAUGUAAUUUACAUGCCGCGUUCGCCGCUGAGGAACUUGACUUCUUCAUUUCCCUGUCAUCUGUCACAGGCGUUGUUGGAUCCCACGGACAGGCCAACUAUACAGCAGUCUCAACCUUCCAGGACGCACAAGCACGCUGGCGCGUUGCAGCCACUCAGAAAUUACCAGGUGUCUCGAUUGCCCUUGGCGGCGUAUUAGGCGCCGGCUAUAUACAGCAAACAGCAGGUGUAGCAGAGCGGGCAGCGCGGGCCGGAUGGCGCCUCCAUGAUAUACGCGAGGUGCUAUGGCUUAUCGAGCUAGCAAUCCGGUGCCCCCGCGCGGGCCAGGUUAUAGCAGGUAUCUCGCAAUGGACAGUAGAUGCAACAGCAGGACAACAGACUGGGGCGUCAUCAUCAUCGCCGCCUGCGUGGCGUCGCGAGAGGCGCUUCUCAGCCCUGCCAGUGCAGAACCAGGGCAAUAACCCGGCCGCGAUUGAUAGGGAUGAAGAUAUGGACGAUAGUGUGUCGCUAGGAGAGAGACUCUUGGCCGCAGAGUCAGAUGAGGCCAGGCUCACGAUGCUCGUCGAUGCCCUACGUCACCGUUUAGCCGACAUGUUUGUGCUCGCUCCGUCAGCCAUUGAUAUGGCACAGCCGCUUGCCGCGCUGGGUGUUGACUCGCUUGUUGCGGUUGAGCUGCGUAACUGGCUUGCGGCAAGUGGGGUACGUGACGUGAGUAUCUUUGAUGUUAGCCAGAGUCAGAGUUUAAGCGCGUUGGCAAAGAGGCUUAUAGCUAAGAUUGUAUAA